UAAUGGGAGGAGCCGGGCCCGAGCAAGUUCUUUCCUUUUGCUGCUGCGGCCGGAGCCAUGAGUAUGCUCAGGCUUCAGAAGAGGCUUGCCUCUAGUGUCCUCCGUUGUGGCAAAAAGAAGGUCUGGUUGGACCCCAAUGAGACUAAUGAAAUCGCCAAUGCCAACUCCCGCCAGCAGAUCCGGAAGCUGAUCAAAGAUGGGUUGAUCAUCCGCAAGCCUGUGACUGUCCAUUCCCGAGCUCGAUGCCGGAAAAACACUUUGGCCCGCCGGAAGGGCAGGCAUAUGGGCAUAGGUAAACGGAAGGGUACGGCCAAUGCUAGAAUGCCUGAGAAGGUAACCUGGAUGAGGAGAAUGAGGAUUCUGCGCCGGCUGCUGAGAAGAUACCGAGAAUCUAAGAAGAUUGACCGCCACAUGUAAGCACACUCUCUUGGCAUGAA